AUGCAGCAGAACCACGACGAAACGAAGCGAAGCGCGGCGUCAAGGAGCAUUUCAUUCUCGAGGUACGAUGGCGACAAGACAGCCUACAUGGGAACGAGGCGGUACGCCGCCCCGGAACAUUUCCCCGGGCAAACCUUGCGCCUUCGGUCCGACCUGUGGGUCCUACGGGUGCACGGUGUUGGAACUUGUACGUGGUUGGCCACUUCUGGAGCAGGGCGGCCUGUACGAGAUGGCCGCGGUUGUCCGGCCCUGGCCGGGCAAGCUUCUCAAGGAGGUGCCGCUGAAGCGAAUCGGCCUUCACCGGACCGUCCUGGACCACCUGCAGUGGGUACUGCAGUACCGAUGCCGGCCAUCGGCACAAGAGGCAUCGUGAUUGACGCCACAGCUGCGUACCAGGCGUCGCAGGCAGGGCGUGUCAUGGUGGAAGACGCCCUCGCACGCGAGCACCACUGGGUCGCACUGGUGGCUGCUCGCGAUGCCCGCGGUUUCUGGAAGAGAUGUGGCUUCCGACGCCUCCACCUUCGGGCGUCAGGCAAACUGCGCCCGGAUGAGGGUGCGUGGCUCCGAGAAGGACAAGUACAAGCAAGACAUGGGGCCUUUCAGAAAGCCAUCCGGAGAGCGGCCACAGCGCACAAGCAGCAGCUGCAGGGCGGUGUGGCCCAGUGGCAGUGGUGUGACGGUGUGUGUGCAUAA